AUGCGCCUUGUCUUCAACAUCAAUAAUUAUGUGCAGCUUCUUGAAGCGUGCAUUUCAUCAAAAUCACUCAAACAAGGGAAAACAAUUCAUCAGCAUCUCAUCAAAUUAAGCAACGACUUUAGUACUCAGUCGCUGCUACUAGACAAGCUCACUCGCCUCUACAUCUCAUGCAAUAAGCCUCAAGUUGCAGAACGUGUCUUCAACUCAAUACCAAUCUCAGAAAGAAGAAAUAAGAACAUAUUAUGGAACCAAAUGAUCAGGGCUUAUGCGUGGGAUGGACCCUUUGAGAAAGCCAUUGAUUUGUACUAUGAAAUGGUGGACUCUGGUGUUGUACCAACAAAAUUUACAUACCCUUUUGUGCUAAAGGCUUGUUCUGCGUUGCAGGAUGUGGAAAAUGGUGUGAAGAUUUAUGGGCACGUUAAAAGGCUCAAUCUUGGCUGUGAUGUUUAUGUCUGGUUUUCAAUACAUGGGUUGUGUUUGGAUGCAAUUAGAUUGGUGUUAGAGAUGCAACAGAUGGGGGUGAAUCCCAAUUCGUCUACUGUUGUGGCGAUUCUGCCAGCGAUUGGGGAGGCAGGUAGGUGGAGGGAAGGAAAAGCUAUACAUGGAUUUUGCUUGAGGAAGGGUUUUGAUGGUGAGGAAGUGGUUGGAACUGGACUUUUGGAUAUGUAUGGGAAAUGUGGCUGGUUGGUUUAUGCAAGGCGGAUAUUUGGUGCCUUGAGGUUCAAGAAUGAAAUUACUUGGACUUCUAUGAUUGGCGCUUUUGUCAUUUGUGAUGCCAUAAGAGAGGGGUUGGAUUUGUUUCGGAAAAUGAGGGUGCAAGUUGAUGUUAGUCCUUCGCAUGUUAUGCUUGCAACUGUUAUUCGUGGCUGUGCUAAACUUAGUGACCUGAAUCUAGGGAGACAGAUGUAUUGUUACACGGUUAAACUGGGCUAUUUUUCCAAUUUAAUGCUGUGGAGAGUUUUGGUGACGAAUAAUGAGGUAGAACUUGCGACCAUUUGUCCUGGAAUCUCUGCAUCUGGUUCUCAGACUAAAGAAUAUACAGCAUUGGUCCUGAUCUUCGUAUGGGACAACACUACUUCAUGGAUUGAAUAA